UGAUGUCUUCACGUUCUUUGUCGCAAUUGCAAAAUAGAUUCGCUUAAAAACAAUAUUGCAAUGUUUUUUAUACUUUACUAAAAGAAAUUGUUUUCAAUCUAAAUGUUGUGAAUAAAAUAACAAUGUUAUGAUGUCUGUAUUCUUCAGGAGAAACAAAUACGAUGUUUUCACGUGGAUAUCAUACUGUUCUAGUGGAGAAAGUGACAUGUGAAAUAAGAAAAUCACCUUCAAUGAUGUGGAAGAGGUCGAUUGUGCAAGAAACGAAUAGGUGCGCUCGCUCCGCAAUGGCCCUGGCACUAGCAUGUCUCGUUUUCGCUGGCACGUGGCAGGGCGGGCGCGGAGCUGACCUGGUGAUCGAGAUCCCCGGCGCGGGCGCGGGCGCGGGCGGCGGCGCGGAGCCCGAGGCGGAGGCGGAGGCCGGCGGCCGGUACCGGCUGGACUACCGCCCGCCGCACGGCUCGCCCGCGCCCAACUACACCGUGCCCGCGCGCGCCUCCACCAUCAACUUCCAGGGGCUGCCCGGCACCAAGUACCAUUUCAUGCUCUACUACUCCAACGCUACCUUUGCCGAUCUCUUGACGUGGAAUCAGACCAUUAUUACAGCGCCUGAGCCACCAACAAACCUAACAGUGACGCUGGGUCGAAACAAGCAAGCGACGAUAGCGUGGUCGCCGCCCGUCCAUGGUGACUACACAGGGUUUAGAUUUAAGGUGAUCCCGCUGUCGGAGCGCGCGGAGGGGGGCGCGCAGAACAUCAGCGUGGAGGGAGCCGGCAACUGGACGCACACGCUGGCGGAGCUGGCGCCCGGCGCCACCUACCAGCUGCACGCCUUCACGCUGCUGCACGACAAGGAGAGCGCAGCCUACGCUUCCAGGAACUUCACCACCAGACCGAACACGCCGGGCAAAUUCAUAGUGUGGUUCCGCAACGAGACCACGCUGCUGGUGCUGUGGCAGCCGCCCUACCCGCCCGGAGCCUACACCCACUACAAGGUGUCGAUCGUGCCGCCGGACGCGCAGGAGUCGGAGCAGUACGUGGAGAAGGAGGGCGAGCCCCCCGGGCCCGCGCAGGCCGCCUUCAAGGGGCUCGUGCCGGGCCGGCCCUACAACAUCUCCGUGCAGACCGUCUCCGAGCAGGAGAUCUCCGCGCCCACCACCGCGCAGUACCGCACCGUGCCCCUCAGGCCCCGCAACGUCACCGUCCGCGCCCGGGAGACCGCCGCCACCGUGCGCUGGCUGCCCCCGGCCGACGACAGUGAAUUCGAGCGGUACCAGAUCUCGGUGUCGGCGGCGGCGGGGGCGGGCCCCGGGGGCCCGGGUGGGGGCGGUGGGGGCGGGGGCGGGGGGCGGCGCCCCGCCCCGCAGCUGCGUCCCCGCGGGGAUCCCCCCGAGUGCUCGUUCGAGGGUCUGGAGCCGGGCGCGCACUACACGGCCGUCGUCAAGACCAUGUCCGGGAAGGUCACCUCCUGGCCAGCCACCGUCGACUUCACGCUCAAACCGCUCCCGGUGCGAGAUCUAGCGGCCGAGCACGUGGGGGAUACAGUGCGGCUGAAGUGGACGCCCGCACCCGGCAGCGUACAGGACGAGUACAAGGUGUCGUACCAGGAGGCGGGCCCGGCGCGGGACGACAGCAGCUCGCUGACCACGCCCGCCCACACCCACACCCUCGAGGCGCUGCUGCCCGGCCGGAACUACACCAUCACGGUGGCGGCGGUGUCGCGCGGCGCGGAGUCCAACGAGAGCUGGGUGAGCGUGGCCACCCGGCCCCUGGCGCCCGUGCUGCUGGCCGCCACGCCGCUCGCACGGGCCCUCACCCUCGCCUGGCACUCCGACGUCAACUCGCGCCAGGAGAGGUACCUGCUGCGGUACCGGCGCCGCCGCCCGCCGCCCGCCGACGACUACCUCACGCUGGAGACCAAGGACACGAACGUGACCCUGACGAACCUGUACCCGGGCGCGGUGUACGAGAUCCAGGUGCAGGCAGUCAGCCACGGACUCUACAGUGAGCGGCACACAGUACUCAAGCCAGUCCGCCCGCUGCCGCCGCAGUCGCUGCGGGUGUCGCGCGUGUCGUCGACGUCCGCGGAGGUGGAGUGGGCGGGCCCCGGGGAGGGCGCGGUGGGGCGGUACGUGCUGCAGGUCCGCGCCGGGGAGCGCGCCCCCUGGACGGCGCCGGCCCUGGACGGGGGGGGCGGGGGGGGCGGGGCCCCGCGCUACCUGCUGGCCGACAUGACGCCGGGCGAGCGCUACGAGCUGCGGCUCGACUCCGCCAGCGACGACGCCGCCGGGGACGUCGCGCUCAGCGGACACCCGCUCCACGCCUACCACACAGUCCGUCCGAACCCGGUGUCGAACGUGGCGCAGCUGGCCGACACGCGCAACAUGACGCUGGAGUGGCCCCGCGCCGGCGGACGCGUGGACUGGUACGAGCUGAGCUGGCAGCCGCUCCUGCAGCCCGGGGCCUGCCCCGAGCCGGCGGCGGAGCCCCGCGCGCCGCCCGGGGCGUCCCCCUGGCCGUCGCCGGAGCCCCGCCGCCUGCGGCUGCAGCCCGCGGCGCCGCCCGCGCGGCUGGAGCGCGCGCUGCUGGACGGCCUGCAGCCCGGCCUCGGGUACAACGUCUCCAUCGCCGCGCACUCCUACAACCUCACCAGCGAAGUCUUCACCAUGGAAACCAGGACGCGUCCGUUAAUACAAUCCGAAAUGACGAUAGUGAACGAAUCGGACGGCGACGCGGACGCUGACAACGAGACGCUCUCCACCAUUCUGAAAGUUGUGUACACUCGGACUCCGGCGGCCGCGAGCCAGUUCGACUCGUACCGGUGGAGGCUGGAGGCGGGCGAGCCGGGGGAGGGGGCGGGGGCGGGGCAGGGGGCGGAGCCCUCCCGCGUGGAGGAGCGGGCGGCGGGCGCGGAGGGGCAGCAGGUGGUGUUCCGGGGGCUGGUGCCGGGCCGCCUCUACAACCUCACCAUGUGGACCGUCUCCUGCAACGUCACCUCGCACCCCGUGCAGCGUCAGGCGCGCCUCUACCCUCGCCCCAUCAGGCAGCUGAACGCGACGUCGGUGGGAGCGCAUGAAGUGACGCUGGCCUGGGACGAGCCGGCCGGUGUCUACACAGACUUCGAAGUGCAGUACCUGGCCGCCGCCGACCAGCUGCAGACCCACUACACCACCCAGCGCACCAUCACCAUCACCGGCCUGCAGCCGCACACGCUUUAUACCUUCACAGUUGUCGUCCGCGCGGGCGCGCGGGGCUCGCUGCAGGCGCCAUCGCGCGCGCACUCGGGCGCGGCGUGUGUCCGCGCGGGCGCGCGGGGCUCGCUGCAGGCGCCCUCGCGCGCGCACUCGGGCGCGGCGUGCCGCGCGGGCGCGCGGGGCCCGCUGCAGGCGCCGUCGCGCGCGCACUCGGGCGCGGCGUGUGUCCGCGCGGGCGCGCGGGGCUCGCUGCAGGCGCCAUCGCGCGCGCACUCGGGCGCGGCGUGUCCGCGCGGGCGCGCGGGGCCGCUGCAGGCGCCGUCGCGCGCGCACUCGGGCGCGGCGUGUGUGUGUGUGUGUGUGUGUGUGUGUGUGUGUGUGUGUGCGUUCUUCUCGCUCGCGCUCCUUGCGCUCGCGCUGCGCGGCGAGCUCGGGCUGGUGCAGCUUGUCGCGCUCGCGUGUGUCCGCGCGGGCGCGCGGGGCUCGCUGCAGGCGCCAUCGCGCGCGCACUCGGGCGCGGCGUGGACGCGCGAGGCGCCCCCCGCCGCGCCCCGCGCCCUGCGGGUGGUGCGCGCCGCGCCCCGCGCCCUGCACCUCGCCUGGCUGCUGCCGCCCGCCGCCGCGCGCGGCGCGCUCACGCACUUCGUGCUGCGCUACGAGCCGGCCCCGCCCUCCCCCGCCGCCGCCGCCCCCGCCGCCCCCGCCCCCGUCGAGCUCCGUCUGCCGGCGGACGCGCGCGAGGCGGCGGUGGAGGGGCUGCGGCCCGGGGAGCGGUACCGGUUCUCGCUGUGGGCCGUCAACGGGGCCGGCGCGGGGGAGCCCGCCACCCUCGAACAGACGACUGCGAUCCUAGCACCGCCCGCACCGGGUGCGCGCGCGCUGCCCGCAGAAGUGCGGCGCGGCAGCACGGCGGUGGCGGUUCGAUUCCGCGCGGACUACUUCUCGGCCGCCAACGGCAACCUCACCGCCUACACGCUGGUGCUGGCCGAGGAGCCGCGCAACCACACGCCGCCGCCGCUGCCCUCCUGGCGCGACGUGCACCGCCUGCCAGUGUGGCCGCCCUACCAGGUGACGGAGCCGUACUACCCGUUCGAGUCGUCGGCCGUGGAGGAGUUCACGAUCGGGUCGGAGCGCUGCGACCCCCCGGGCCGCACCUACUGCAACGGGCCUCUCAAGCCCGGCACGCGCUACUACGUCAAGCUGCGGGCCUUCACCGCGCCCGACAAGUACACCGACACCGCCUACGCCGUGCUCUACACAGAGGCGGACAGCACGGCGUGGGUGGCGGGCGCGUGCGGGGCGGCGCUGGCCGCGCUGGUGGGUGCGGGCGCGGUGCUGGCGCUGCGCCGCCGCCGCCCGCGCUCCCCCCCCGCGGCGGCUCCCCCCGCGCCCCGCGCCGCUCGUCCGGUGCGCGUCGCUGACUUCCUCGACCACUACCGUCUCAUGUCCGCCGACUCCGACUUCAGAUUCAGCGAGGAGUUCGAGGAGCUGAAGCACGUGGGCCGCGAGCAGCCGUGCACGGCCGCCGACCUGCCCUGCAACCGGCCCAAGAACAGGUUCACCAACAUCCUGCCCUACGACCACUCGCGGUACAAGCUGCAGCCCGUCGACGACGAGGAGGGCUCCGACUACAUCAACGCCAACUACGUGCCCGGACACAACUCGCCCAGGGAGUUCAUCGUCACGCAGGGUCCGCUGCACUGCACGCGCGACGACUUCUGGCGUAUGUGCUGGGAGUCGGGCUCGCGCGCCAUCGUGAUGCUGACGAGGUGCGUGGAGAAGGGCCGGGAGAAGUGCGACCGGUACUGGCCCUACGACACACGCCCCGUCUACUACGGAGACAUCGCCGUCACCGCGCUCAACGAGAGCCGCUACCCCGACUGGACCGUCAGCGAGCUCAUGCUGAGCCGCGGCGCCGAGCAGCGCGUCCUCAAGCACUUCCACUUCACCACCUGGCCGGACUUCGGAGUGCCCGACCCGCCCACCACGCUCGCCAGGUUCGUGCGGGCGUUCCGUGAACGGUGUCCAGCGGACGGGCGGCCCGUGGUGGUGCACUGCAGCGCCGGCGUCGGCCGCUCCGGGACCUUCAUCACGCUCGACCGCGCGCUGCAGCAGCUGGCCGCGCACGCGGAGUACCUGGACAUCUUCGGGAUGGUGCACGCCAUGCGGCGCGAGCGCGUGUGGAUGGUGCAGACGGAGCAGCAGUACAUCUGCAUCCACCAGUGCCUGGUGGCCGUACUCGAGGGCCAGGACCUGGCGCCGCCGCCCCAUCACAACCAUCACAACCACCACCUCAACCCCGCCUUCGAAGAUGACGAAGGCAUCGCGGAAUCCGGCAUGUGAACUCCGCUGCAGUGCUCCGUACGCACUCACUAACACUCAUCUAGGUGCUGAAUGUAUUGUGACCGACUCGUCGCAGCUAAUGAAGAUCGUAUCAUAUCAGAUCACUACUCUAUACUGUAAUGCAUUUUAUUUGAACGUCUAAAACAUCCAAUUGACGGAGUGAUUUUUAGAGAAAUCCUGUACUAGUACUACUAGAUAAUUGUCAAGGUUACAAGUGAUACGUAUCUGGUACAGCGACGGGCACAAAUGAAUGUUAUUUUUAUUGUUUGUACAGUUUAAUGCCUAUAUUGUUACAGUCCCGGAUAACAAUUAAACUUCACACUUUGUUUUGUAUUCAGGAGAAAUAUACAUAUGUAAAGUUAUAUGGAAUAUAACGGACAAAAUAUACAGGACGCGUAUUGCGUACGAUGGUUGCUAUAUAUAUAUCUUACUUUGUGCAAUUAUUACUUAUGUGAAACUAACAAGCGACCGUAAUACGCUGAUACCAUUACACAGGAAAAAUAUAAUGUAUAUAUUUCUUAGCCUAUGGAAAGAGAGUCGCCCUUCAAAAUUCGAGCAUAUAUUAUAUAAAACUCACAUAAUUUGUCAAUUUGCCUGUGACGAUAAUACCAAACGAAAAACCUCUAGCCUAUGAGCUAACUUACCUGACCUCAUGCUCAUCUAUAUCCACCGCUGGUGCCCCGCCAGCGUAAACCGUUAGCGCAAACUGGUGCACCAUUCCAUUAUCAUCCAUAAAAAAAAUUACCAAACGCAGGACCGACACCCACAAGUAAGCUGCUGCCGCCGUCGGGCGGGCGCUCUCUCUCCACCGCUAACGAACUAACUUUUGUAUUUGUGUACUUAACGAUCAAUUCGCCUAUAGCUCUAAGCGUAUUUACAUAUUUUACAACAUAGACUAAGAUUAUAUGAGAUGAUAUAUUUUUUAACUUUAUAUAUCCACAGGACCAAUGUUAGAUAAGUAGUAUAUAUAUAAAUGUUACAACGGACUAAUGACAAUAGUCGCCGAUUCUCUACGACACGGUGUACUGUGUCGUGUAUUUGUGUUGAUAUUAUUGUAUUUUAAUUGUAUGGCGUUCGUACUUAUUCACGGUGAAUCUCAAAUUGUGUACUUAAUUUUAUUGUUAAUAUUUUUCGUUUGAUGUUAUAUAUUUUUACCUAUUUUUUGUACCUGCUGCAUUGUUCGUCCAAGUGAUGGUUAUUUGACUAAUUAUAUGAGUAACUAGACCAAUGUACAUCCAAAUCAGUGCUUAAUUACUUUUGUUCUGACAUUCUUGUUUCUGCGUCAAUUUUCUCUGUCUGUUACACAGUCAAAACUCUUAGCAGAGUUUCCAUUUUUACAUUCCUAACAUAAUAAUAGUAGAGGUAAGUGACACUUGAUGCUGAUAAUGUGUAACAUUAAGUUUAUGAGUGUAAUAUUCUAAAUAUACAAAUUGUUCUGACUACGACCUCAAUCGAAUUUAUGGCGCGCUUGACGCGUUCGUUGUAGCUAAAUAAAAUAUAUACAUACUUUAUUUUUUCAA